AUGCGCUCUGCUCUAUGGUUGGCAGUUGCUACGGUCUGGGUGGAAUGCUCAAAAUGUGAGGACGUCGUGGAUCUGGAUGCGAUAAUCGACGUGUAUGAUUUCAAACCAGGCGAAUCGCCCAAAGUCCAAUGGGCCUUGUUUCACGACCCGCUGUUCAACGACUACAUUGCAAUGCUUUCCUCGCCUGGCCAGCUUUCAUUCGACCAGAGUGUUUCCACAGUUGAUUUGAAGGAUUUGAUUCGACUAUAG